GUGGCUAUUUAUAAUGAACGAGGUGACCGGUGGCCGGGACCGCGGAUAGCCGAGCCGGAAGCGGAGACCAUGCCAGAGACGCAGGAACAGGAGCAGCACCCAGCACAACUACUCUCACAUCCAGAACCCUUUCCCCUUUCGAAUCCGAAUCCGAAUCCAGAGCACUUUCCCGACAAUAGACAACAGGAUCGCGUGCAGAACUUCUCCUUCGCCAGCAGCUAUCCCUACGCACCAGGACGAGUCUCCAACUCCAACUACAACUCCAGCUAUAAGUCAAGCUACAACCUCAACCACAACUAUAACCCCAGCUCCAACUCCAACUACAACUCGUCCGGUUUGAACGUGCAGCGGUACCAGAGUCCCUACAAUUUCCAGCACGUGGUGACCAACGCGUUCUCCGUGCUGCGCCACCAGCCGUCGGAGGAGCAGGAGCUCGACUCGUCGUAUCCCUCGCGACCCCAACAGGCCAUCGUGCGUCCGAUUCGGCGGGAGGAGGCGGCCACAGCGGAUCGCCGGGACAACGACCAGGAUGUAGAGCCCCCGCCGCAGCGAUCCUUCUUUUCCCGCAGCAACCAGGAGGUGCGCAGCUUCGCCGAUGAGCUGAGCCAGAAGCUGCGCUUCCUCGCGCCGGAGGAGAACUCGUACGGCGGUCGCCAGAGCGCCAAUUCCGGCGCCUGGAUGGAUCCCGCCAUGGCGCAGAGGCCCCGCUUCGAGACCACGGUGCCGCAGGGCAUCUUCCUGCCGCCGCCGCACGAAGUCCAGAUGAUUCCGGCCACCAUGCUGCGCAGGCAUGUCUACGCCUACUCCUCCUAUCCCAUGAUCCUUCAGAGCUACUACACGAGCAGCAAGGAUGUCUCAAGCGAGAGCAAGGAGCUCAAGGAGCACAAGGUGGCCGCCACCCGGCUGAACGGAGUGCGUGCCACGGCAGCGGUGGCAGCUGCCACAGCCGCGGCCUCCAAGUCCUCGCACGAUUCGCAAUCCCUCGCCGGCGGUCUGCACAUCACCAAGGCUCAGUUCCAACAGCAGUUGCAGCAGCGCCGCAACCACAACGCCGACAAAAGACCCAUCGUCCCGCCGCCGGAGCCUUACAAGAACGUCAUGUACGACCGGCGCGUUAUAAAGGGCAGCAACUUCGGCAACUCCUCCAUGGUGACGGACGUGGACCCCUUCGACAAGGCCGCCGAAUUGAGGCGCCGCAAUAUGCUGCGCAAGAGGACGAUGCAGUGCCGCAACCAGAGGAAUGUCCUGGGAACUCCCCCGCCGGUCAAGGGUCGCAAACACGAGACAAUCCAGACGGAGAAGUACCUGGAGAAGCUGGUGCAACGCCCGCCGGAGUUCUCCAUCGACACCCAGACGGAUCUUUUCCUCGAGAAGCCACCGACGCCGCCCUUCGUCCCGGCCAAGGUGGGCGUGGACGUGGGCACCGAGAUCGGCGACGGCGAACUCUUCCACUUCGAUGCCGAGGCGCAGCCCAUCAUCGAUGUCCUGGUGGACGCCUGCAUCGAGCAGAGCAUGCUGGAGGUGGCCCACGAGAUGGAGUUGGCCAGUCUGCGGCGCAAACAGGAAGAAUUCCUCGCCCAGAGGGAGGCAGAGCUGGCCGAGCUGCGUCGCCUGGAGGCGGAGGAGGUGCGCUUGCAGGCGGAGAAGGAGCGCCGCCUGCGCCAGGACGCGAUUGCCAAGGAGCUGGACGCCGAGAUGCAGAAGAGCGUGACGGCGGCCAAGCUGCUCCAGGGACACAUUGCCAGCCUGGUGCCGGAGGUCCUGGAGAACAUCGAGCCGGCCAGUGAUGCCGUGAAGAAGGAGCAGCUGAUGAAGAGCAUCUGCCCGUGGCUGUCCGCCGAGGUGGCCGAGGAAGUGGGCCACAUCGUGGACUCGCGCGAGAUCCUCACGGCCAUUAUCCAGGAGAUCAUCAAGCAGCGGGCCGAGAUCUAUGCCGGCUACAAGGACGGCGAGACGGAGCCAUCCGCCAAGAGUGUCGACAUCUGUGAGGAGGAGGGCUGCGCCAUCGACGAAAUGGAGGCGUGUCCUUGCGAAACGGAAACGGAAGAGUGCCCCGAUCCACCGACACCGCCUCCUCAUCUCUAAAUGAUUUCGUUUGCGUUUAGUUAUCAAUUCGAGUCCUCAAGAACGGCGGUAACCAACCCCACACACACGUACACCACCCACACACACACACACACCUGCAAAAGAACCGCUUUUAAGUCAAGGUUGGCUGCAACUUUGUUGUUGUGUCUGGCGAAGGACUCGAUUUACCGCAGGAUUCGCAAUCGGGCGCCAAACACAAUUGCACAGCGGCGGCGGCGAAACGGAAUCGAAAGGCAAAUUGUAAACUGAAUAAUUGUUAAAGGUUUUUGUGUUACCAAAAAUUCAACGAAUAAAGCUCGACAAACCAAACCAAA